UACCCUCCGACUGUUUUGACCGUGUAACAGAAGUUCGGGGAUUCAACGACCCACAGAAAGAAGAAUACUUCAAGAAGAGAUUCAGUGAUGAUGAUGAACCUGUCCAGCAAAAUCAUCUCACACAUAAAGACAUCGAGGAGUCUCUUCAUCAUGUGCCACAUUCCAGUCUUCUGUUGGAUUACUGCCAUGGUUCUUGGGAAAAUGUUGAGUGAAAAUGACCAUGGAAAAGUCCCUAAAACUCUGACUGAGAUGUACAUUCGUUUCCUUCUCACUCUGACAAGCAUGAAGAACAAGAAAUAUAAUGGGAAAAACGAACCAGAUCCUCGUAUUCUGUCAGAGUCUGACGUACAGAUAAUUCUGAAGCUUGGAAAACUAGCCUUCCAAAACUUGGAAAAGAGCAAUCUGGUGUUUUCUGAAGACGAUCUGAGAGGGUGUGGCAUUGAUGUCAAAGAAGGCUUCUUGCUCUCAGGGAUGUGCACAGAGAUCUUCAGAGAGGAGGACCCAAUGUUUAGAGCAAACAAGUACAGCUUUGUGCAUCUCAGCAUUCAGGAGUUCUUCGCUGCACUCUAUGUUGCCUACCUCUUUGUCAGUGAAAAUGUCAACCCCGUUUGCAUCAAGAGAGAACAGGCUACCAAGAUCGAAUUACGGGUAUUUUGGAGAAGGUGAUGACUUCAGUGAGGACGAAGAUUACAGGCCACAACCCAGAGGUUCUCAGCAGCAGCAGAAAACACUGCAUGACUUGCAGAGGAGUGCGGUGGAUGAAGCUUUGAAGAGCAAGACCGGUCAUCUAGACCUCUUCCUCCGCUUCCUUCUGGGCAUCUCACUGGAGUCCAAUCAAUCCUCUUGAAAUGCCUAC